AUGAGUCUUACAGAUAAUGAUGAUAAUUUUACCGAACAAGUUGGGGAAGAUGGCCAAGUUUUGGUAAAAGUUCCAAAGUCUCGUAUAGAUUCUGCAUUUAAUGAGUUUAGAGAAACAGGAAGAUUCGUAGAUUGCCAGUUCCAGGUCAAACAAGGUAUCAUUUCAUGCCAUAGAGUUAUAUUAUCCAAAUAUUCAGAUGUUUUCCUGGAAUUAUUCAGUAAAUUGCCAAAUGAUGAAAAUCAUAUUAUCAUCGACAUUCCUUUUUGCCUCAACGAAGAGUCUUUUAAAGAUGUUAUUGAUUUUAUAUAUACUUUCUCCAUUAAAGUCACUCCCAAAACCAUUGCGGACAUACUAAUCACGAGUUAUCUCUAUGGUAUUGAAGAAUUAGUUGCAAUUGCAACUGAUUAUUUCUUAGAAGCACUAGAUGGUGAAAAUGUGCUCGAUAUAACAGAAAAAUUCAAGUUUAGUUUAUCCAAUGAGACCAUUCAAAAAUAUCCGGCCUUAUAUCAGAACUAUCUGCAAUUAAUACAAAACAGUGGUUUAUUUGCUUCCAUAAUUGCUAAGAAAUUUACGAAUUAUCCACGUCAAAAAAUUAUGGACAAAAUUCCGACAUUUUUAGUAGCUGAUAUUAUGAAAAACUUGAACUACGAAACUAUUAAUGAUAUUUCCCAGUACCCAUCUAUAAAUGAUUUCAUUAUUGAAUUUAUAGAUAAAUUUGUUGAAGGAAAACAACUCUCCGACCUUGACAAAGAGUGUCUUUCAAAGGUGAUAGACUGGUCUGACCCAGAAUCAUACCAAUACUUCGUUUAUCAUCAGUGCGAUUGGGUCACAUCUUCAAUCUCCCGAAGAAUGUUCGAUAAAAUACUUAAUAUGCGUAGGAAUUCAAUUCCUUCCAUUGAAAAUCAAGUUUCUAACCUGAAAUCUAACUCGCAUCAUUUUCUUGGCGUAUUAAGUCUAUUACAGCUCAUUGUUUCCAGCAAAGGCGAGACAGAAGUUAGUGAAUGCAACAUUCUGAAGUCGAUAGGAACACUUUGGAACACUGUUAAACCAUUUAAUCCGUUGACUUACAAUUUUGUACAACUUUCAGCCGAUACGUCACCUCCUUUAUGUCCUCACAUGUCAGUACAAAACAUGUUUGUCGAUAAUGAAGAAUAUUACUUCGCUCAUUCCGCAUAUGCAAGUGAAGAUAUUGAACCUUACAAGAAAUCGUUAAAAGUAGGUAUUACUUUUGACAUUCAUACCAUGGAUGGUCGAGAUAUCCAUGCAAACCUGAGAAAUCAGAAAAUGGACAUUAGAACUCCCGCCAAGAAGAAAGAUAAAGGUUUACCGCUUAAAAUCUCUACGUGCACGGAUUAUGAUACAUCAUCAAUAGAAAUUUUUUGCAGUCAACAAUCGCAUUACAUUUCUAUUUUUGGUUUGAGAAUAUCUUUCAUAGAUAUUAUUGGAAAGUUUGUUUUGAAAUAA